AUUCCUCGUGUAUAGUACCAUUUUCCUCAUAAAAUGAAACACAUUUUUUUAGUGUUUCUAUUUAGCCUGCUUUUGCAAAGAUCAAUGACUACAAUUUUGACAGGUGAGAAAAUGAAGGCUCAAGAUUGUAGUAGCUACAUUAGCGAAUCAGUCAUAAUUAUCUUGGAACAUAUGGUUGUUAUGAAUGAACGAAUCAAAAAAUUAGAGGGUUUUUCAAGCGAGUUCGAAAACUUUAAGAAAGAUUUUACAAAUAUAAAUCAAAUCUCCAAUGUAAAUCUACAAAUUCGGUUAGAAAAUCGGACCGCAGAAGUUUUAUCAGAAAACUCGAAAAUUACGGAAAUGGUUCAAAGAUUACAGACCGAUUUCUCACUGCAAAAAGAAAAUCUUAAGUCCCUCGAAGAAAUAACAAAAGAAAAGCUGGAAAGUCAAGAUAAUAAACUGACUGCUGAUGGAGCAAGCAAAGCCGCGGAAAUAAACAAACUAUCAACUAGAUUUGAUAGUAUGGAUACACAGAUCGCCGGGCAACAAAAAAAGAUUGAUUUGCUUCAGGUAGAACUCAAUGAAAAACUAAAAACGAUUGAAAAGCUGGAAAGUCAAGAUAAUAAACUGACUGCUGAUGGAGCAAACAAAGCCGCGGAAAUAAACAAACUAUCAACUAGAUUUGAUAGUAUGGAUACACAGAUCGCCGGGCAACAAAAAAAGAUUGAUUUGCUUCAGGUAGAACUCAAUGAAAAACUAAAACCGAUUGAUGGAUUGCGAAAGUUUGAGGAUCUGACUACUAAACAAAUGGAGGCAGCAAUCAAGAAAAUCAACGUAGCAAUCAGAACCCUGGCAUAUAUGAAAAUUGGAUCCAAAUUGUAUUACAUAGAGGAGACCGAGAAGCGGAACUGGUAUGACUCUCGAGCAUUCUGUCUUGAUUUUGGUGGGCACCUCGUCAGUCCUCAAAGCCAGUCGGAGUUGGAUGCCCUUGGUAAGAAAUUAAAAAAGGGUGAAAAUUUAUACUGGACAGAUAUCCAAGAUUUUUCCACGGAAGGCGUGUUCAUAUCAGACACAACCGGAGAGAAACCAAAAUUUAUAAAUUGGCGACAAGAGCCAGAUAAUUGGUACAACGAAGAUUGUGUUGAAAUCAAGUUCUUGAAUGAGUGGUCCAUGAACGAUAAUGACUGUUAUUCCCGAAUAAACUUCGUUUGUGAAAGUCAACUUGUAUGACUUUAAGGUUUUUAUUAAAACAAAUGUCAAACGAAGGUGAAAAAUACUAACCAAUAUAUACAUAAAUGGUGUUUCCUUUUCCACGUUGCAAACUUAUCCCUCUGCAAGGUAAAAAAAAUAAAAAUGUAUGACGAGCGUAUGAGAACGAAAAUAGUGCAAACAUUUUUAAAUCCCUACUUUUAAACAAGCGUUAUAUGGACAGCUUUUAUUCCAAGCUAAAGUUUAUCUGCCUUUGCAGCUAUAACAAAUAAUAUAAAAUUCUCUAAAACGACCCUAUAUCAAUAUGUAAGCGUAAUUUUUAAGACAAUGAAGUUAUGUCAAUUUUCCAGCAUUUAAGAAAUUAAACCAGA